CCCAUCUCCAGUUCCUCUCCUCCCCUAACAGCCUACACCAUGGCUUCCAAGGCAGUAGUGACGGCUACCGCGAGCCAUGUGAUCCCCGUAGCAAAGAAACAAACCCUCCAGUCCGUCGGAAUCUGGGAACGUAUCCGCCGCGCCACCGCUAUCGAUGCCAACCGCUCCAAUGGCGUGCCCCUCAACCCCUACUACCGCUGGCCCACGCCCGGCGGCAACGAUCCUCUGGCCUACGACGACCCAGUGACCGUCCCCGCAGGCGACAUUGCCGACAACGCGUACUGGAAGCGCGACACCCGCCGCAACUACCCGCGCCUCAGCGUCGUCUCACAGGCCGACGCCGUUGCCCUGCUGACCGUCGGCAGCGCCGAGGCCCCCAAGGUCGAGCUGAUCGGCGAGGAGGGCAGCAAGGCCCUCGUGGCCGCCGAGGCCGAGGGCCAGGAGAAGGGCCUCGCAAGGGUCUUUGAGGAGAAGGGCGUCGACGUUGCCAAGGAGUUGCUCGUCGACGGCCUGCCGCCCCUGCCCAGUGGCCAGAGCCUAAAGAAGGGGGAGUGGGACGUGCAUCCCUGGGGGCUGACGGAGGAACAGAGCUACCCGGACAAAUACCCAUGCCGGACGUUCCAGUAAGGUUUAGAGCAUAGAGGGACGGGCAGGGCAAGCAGGACAUGUAUAAAAGUCGCAAUCUAUCGCGACAAAAUGAUUAGACAAUGAUGAUUUUUCAAAAUUUUCAAAGCCAAACUUUCUCGCG